UUUCCUUUCCUGGCCCGGGGUCAGCAAAGAAUGAGUCUGCAGGCCCAAUCAAGAAAUCGAGAUAUGCAGGGACUCUAUCUGUGCCAGGACUGGCUCAGGGAGAUGCAACCCCAGCAUCAGGAUAUUCUCAACAGACUGAUCUCGAGCAAGAUGACUGGUAGUGGGGGUCGUAGGCUAGCAAAAAGCAACGACUGCCCAGACGGCGCGAUUAUCCCGUAUAAAUCCCAAGUCUCAGUGUGGAAAGGAGUCAUCUCCUCAUAUGUGAGAUAUUAUCUACAGCCAACCAGCCAGUAUGUCUCUGGGCAGAAAAAACCCCAUAUUGCAUGCAAUCUUGACAUUCUGUACUCCGUAUUUCAUCAUCUACUCCGUCGAAUACUUAUGGCGAAGAACUGUACAGGUUUCGCCCUCCUCCCGAUUACCACGCUUUUUUUCUCUUUUAAUACGCCAAUUCGCAUUUUCAUUUAUUCUGCUAGGUAUCGAUAAUUGCGCGCCUGCGUGUAAUGCAUUUAUUUGCUGUAUUCGAUGGGUCUGCGCCGUUGUCUAUUUAUAUUGACACAAUGACCCAACUAUAACAAGAAACCUUGGAUCUUGGAUUUUCGGCCUGGUCCAUUGGUUUCCUUUAACUAUUCUAUUUACUCCCGUUUGGCCGUUUGGGUUACCACCAUGGAAGUACAACUAGACAUGGGAUUAUGUACUGACAAGAACGACCCGGCCUUAUAUACAAUAGGAUCUCCGACAGCGUAUGUAGUUAGGAUACAUGAAUGAGAUUUUAGAGGCCCGUCCGAGAAAUGGACAAAUCGAGGAUAUCAUCGAGGCGACGGGUUUUGUCACAUUGAGGGUUUCAUACUGAGUAUAUACAGCCAAAAUCAGCUAUAGUUACCCAAAACUCCUGUGCCAUCUCAAACAUGGCCCCCUUGAAAUUGUCAAAUUUGGCUUUAAUCUUCGCAAAUAAUGAAAGCCGAAUAUCUAUAUCGGGUUUCCCUGUGGCUUCCGACGCCCGCGUGAAACUCGAAUAUUGCAUCCCGUGUACAACCUCCUCAAACGGACCAGUUUGUCCGCACAUUAUUGGAUUCUUGUAUCUCACAAUGACUCCCCGUUCCUGACUCCAGAAUGCAUGACCCUUCAUUUACCAGGCUUACUUACGUAUUUAUUAAUGAUGUCAAUAUCUGUCUCGGAAUCUUAUUUAGUACACGGACCCCGCGAAGCCCCCAAGGUUACCCUAGUGGGUCGUGCGGAUUCCCGCUGGAGACCAUUGUCAGACCACCCCAGCUACUUUCGGCUUACGAGGGCAGUCGGGAAUACAGGUAUCAAUCACUUUUUGCUCACUAUAAAGAAGGAUCCCAGUUCUGAUUGGUGACUGGAGUUGAGUGCGAUUUGAAUGGGGCGGCUGCUGGUCUUGUACGUGCGCGUGUACGGUAUAGAAACAGCAAAGGCAAAUCGUGUAGACGUGAUAGAAAUACACAUCCGCUUUUCCCUUUUUUUUUUCUCGUGUAACUAAAUGCGCUUUGAGGUCCUUUCCAUUAUCAGUGCCUUAAAAAAUAUGGCUUGUAUGAUUUACUUUGGUGAUGGCAUAAUUGACUCCAGCGCAUGUAGAGAAUGCUUGAGCACAUCAUAAUGUAGAAGAAUGUAGACAUGUACUCUACUCUAUAGCACAAUCAUAAGUUCUUUAAUGUAUUUCCCAGAUGAUAUAACAGUGACAUUGGUGUGGAAGAAAUGGACUAGUGCGUGCGUUUAAGACUGCGAUCCCCAACGUCCAUC